AUGCCCUUGUCGUCGCGCGCAGGACUGCAAUCUCUUCGCAGAGCGCGACAGUUCCAAGCGCGCUCGUUCUCGAGCUCCCGCGCUGCGAGGGCCGAUGUAACCCAUGCGGUCAUCGGCGCCGGCGUUGUAGGACUCGCUGUCGCGCGACAGUUGGCGGCCAGGGGCGGGUCGACGAUUUUGUUGGAGAGAAACGAUGCGCCGGGCAUGGAGACGAGUAGUCGCAAUUCAGAGGUGAUCCACGCCGGUCUCUACUACGGCACCGACACGCUCAAAACCAAUCUCUGCAUCCGCGGGAAACAGCUACUCUACGAACUCUGCGCAGCAAAGGGCAUCCCACACCGCAACACGAAGAAAUGGGUCGUCGCGCAGACCCCCGAGCAGUGGGAAGCCACGCUCAAAGUGCACGAGCACGCGCAGAACAUCGGUGUGCCCACGCGCAUCCUCACCGCCGAGGAGGCCGCUCGACGAGAGCCGGCCGUGCAGGCGCGGGCCGGCAUCGUGGAGAGCCCGACAACGGGCAUCGUCGACAGCCAUUCGCUGAUGGUGUACCUGCAGGGGUCGUUCGAGGAGCAAGGCGGGGACUGCGCAUUUCGCACGAAUGUGACGGCGUUGGAGCCGUUGGACGGCGAGGCAGGGUACCGCAUCACGGCGCGCGACGCGGAGGGCCAGGAGAGCAGCAUCACAGCUGAGACGGUGAUCAACAGCGCGGGCAACUACGCCUGCAUGAUCAACAAUAUGCUCUUGCCGGCGGAGCGCCAUCGCACGCCGUACUAUGCCAAGGGCACGUACUUCUCGUACGGCGCCUCGAAACCCACCACCAACGUGCUGGUGUAUCCGGCCACGCUGCCGGGCCACGGCGGCCUCGGCACUCAUUUAACCCUCGACAUGGGCGGGCGCAUCCGAUUUGGCCCGGACGUGGAAUGGGUGGACGACGCCAACGACCUGAAACCCAGCGCGGCGCGCCUGCAGCAGGCCCUGUCCGAGAUCCGGGCGUAUCUGCCCGCCGUCGAUCCGGAGGCGAUCGGUCUCGACUACUGUGGGAUUCGACCGAAACUGGGUCGCGGCGGGGCCGUGAACACGGGCAAGGGCUUCCAGGACUUUGUGAUCCAGAAGGAGGACGGAUUCCCGGGGUUUGUGAAUCUGCUGGGCAUCGAGAGUCCCGGGUUGACGAGUUCAUUGGCGAUUGCGGAACAAGUGGAGGGACUAUUAUAUGGUUAA